ACCAUCCCUCACCAGUGUCUUCACGUGUACAUAGGCCCAUCACUCGCAUACAAUUAUAAAGAUAUGUGAACGAUAGAGAGAGAGUGGACAGAGGUGGUGGUAUGGUGCACAAAGGUCUCCGGACGGAGGAGGUGAGCCGUGACCGGUCCGGCGAACGGCAGAGAAGAUAGGCCGAGCGUACGCAGAUCAUUAGGUGAAAGAAAGCCCUAAAUCAUGGACGCAAGACGGAAUGUCACCAAACGAGGGUUUAUUAGGUACACAUUUCUUCUACUUCUGAUACUCGUGGCCCUUUCUUUUAUCGCCAUCUUCAACCACACCCAAUUCCAUAGCAUAUCUUCAUUCAUACGACCACUUUGGGACACACCACCACCUCCAUUUCAGUACAUACCCCAUUACGACUCAGAAAACGCCUCCAUCAACAACAGAUGUAGCAAAUUCUGCCUAUUUGUACUUGUAAGUUUUCUUUCAACAGAUGUAGCAAACGAGGGUUAGUGGCCAUUAUCUUCAUCGACACAAUCCAAGAUUAGAGCAAAAUUGGAUUGAAGUUUACAUCAGUGGAUGUACUUAUAGAUGCAAUCAAUCAUAAAUCCAAGACAUUAAAUUCCAAUAAUGAAUUGAGUAGAACAAUGGUGUUUGCAAAUACAGUUGAAGCUAUUGAAGCUGUUGCCCAAGUUUUACAUGGAAAAGGCAUUGAAUGUUAUUGUUAUCAAAGUGAAAGCUCUUUAGAAGAACGCACAAGAAAUUAGAUUGAUUUUAAAGAAAAAGGUGGUGUUUUUGUUUGCACUGAUGCUGCUGCACGUGGCUCUGACAUUCCCAAUGUCUCACAUGUUAUACAGGCAGAAUUUGCUACAUCCGCUGUAGAUUUCUUACACAGGACACGUGCUUUACUGGUUGGUGGCCUUUGCUUGCAAGUUUACUUUCACCUACUUCCUUCAGGCAAAUUAUGAUGCAUGAUAUACAAGUUUUUUCGUGUGUUUAUUUUAGCAGUUGUUCUACAAGAUUGUCAUUAUAUUUUUUUAAGUUACUGGCCCAUUGUUAUGUUGUCUAUUCUUAACUUUCCAGAUUCGACCAUUGGUGGAGCCCACCAAUAUUAUCAAGGACCAUCCCAUGCUACAAUAUUCCUGGUGUGAUCUUGUCUCAAAGGAUAAUAAUAAUGCUCUUACCUUAGUGAGCAUAUGGGCCCCUGUAGUGGCAAGAUGCCGGAUGAAUUUAACAUAACAUGGCUUCAUAGAGGGGAUCCCAUACUUAAUGUUAGUGAUUUAUCAAUUGAAGCAAGUAGGAACCUAGGUUUGUUACUUGAUCAACUAAGGUAUCAAGCUGUGAAGUCACUCAGCAAUAUGGUUGUUAUUGUGCUAAUCAAGAGGAUAAGAGUUUACAAGACAAAAUCCUUAGGGCAGGAAGUACAACAGAUAAUACUCUUGAGAAAUUUGAGGAAGGCUGCAGCUCAGGAAGUGGUUUACGAAGUGAGGCAGCACAAUGGUCUGUUGGUUGAUAAGCCAGACACUCUCCUGCAACUUCAAAAGGAAGAUGGCACAUGCAAGGAUUAUCCUGUGGGAGCUGCCCUUGAGGCCACCAAAAAUACUUUGAUUCAAGACAGUAUAAAACUCUUAUUGGAUUUUAGUGUUGUUUUUGGUCAAGAGUUGGGAUUGAAGGGUUCAAGACAGUAUACAUGAAGGGUUUCAGAGCUUCUUUAGACAGCUUAAUGAUGAGUUACGGAGACAAGAAGGUGCCCCUUUAUAGCAAUGUAGUAUUAGGUUAUAUUGUUAGGGAAAACCUCUUAAUAACAAUGUACAAUAAAAUCCCUUUAAUAUCAAUGUAUUACAAUUUUUUGACAUGAUGUUAUUAGAUGAAAUUGAUUGUU